CUUCCUCUUCCGGCUGGGACUGGCCCCUCAGAUACAUGAUCUGUAUGGGAAAGUGAAAUUCUCAGCCGAGGAACUCAGCAACAUGGCCUCUGAGCUGGCCAAAUACGGCCUCCAGCUGCCUGCCUUCAGCAAGCUCGGGGGCAUUCUGGCCAAUGAGCUGUCACUGGACGAGGCUGCAGUCCACGCAGCUGUCCUUGCCAUCAACGAGGCCGUGGAGCGAGGGGUGGUCGAGGACACCCUGGCUGCAUUGCAGAAUCCCAGUGCCCUGCUGGUGAAUCUUCGAGAGCCUCUGGCGGCCAUCUACCAGGAGCUACUGGCCCAGGCCAAGGCGGAGAAGGCCGCCAGUGCCCAAACCCGCGAUGGUGGAGAGAGCCGGGACGUGUACGAUAGCUUCCUGACUCAGGCUGAGAUCCAAGGCAACAUCAACCACGUCAACGUCCAUGGGGCUCUAGAAGUUGUUGAUGAUGCGCUAGAAAGACAGAGCCCUGGCGCCCUGCUGGAGGCCCUUCUGGACCCUGUGCUGGCCCUGCGAGGGGUCCGGAGGGACUUUGCUGACUGGUACUUGGAACAGCUGAGCUCAGACAGAGAACAGAAAGCACAGGAGCUGGGCCUGCUGGAUCUUCUGGAAAAGGAGGAGGUCCAGGCCGGUGUGGCUGUAGCCAACAUGAAGGGUGAUCAGGAACAAGCCAUGCUCCAGGCCGUGUGCAGGAUCAACAGAGCCAUCCAGAGCGGGGUGGCCGCUGCUACCGUGAAGGCGCUGGCGUGCCCCGAGGCCCGGCUGCCUGCAGUGUACCCCCACGCCCCGGCUGCGUACCAGCAUGAGCUGACGGUGCUCCAGCAGCAGCGGGGAGGGGGGCUCAGCCACGAGGAGCUCUUUGUCGCCGUGGAGAUGCUGUCGGCCGUGGUCCUGAUCGACCAGGCCCUGGAGGCCGGGGACGUCGGCGGCUUCUGGAGCAGUCUGGUGAACCCCACCACGGGCCUGGCCCAGGUGGAAGGAGAGAAUGCUCAGCGUUACUUUGAUGCUCUGGUGGAGCUGCGACGUGCACUGGAUGGGGCCGUCUUGAGCUGGAACGACCUGCAGGCCACCGUGCACCAGGUCAACGCCCAGGUGCAGGAGGAGACCGACCAGGUCCUCGCGGUCAGCCUCAUCAACGAGGCUCUGGACCAGGGCAGCCCUGAGAAGACCCUGUCUGCCCUCCUGCUUCCCUCGGCCGGCCUGGACGACGUCAGCCUUCCUGUCGCCCCUCGGUACCAUCUCCUCCUCGUGGUGGCCAAGAAGCAGAAGGCCCAGGCGACCGGGGACCCCGGAGCCAUGCUCUGGCUAGAAGAGAUCCGCCAGGAGGUGGCUAGAGCCAACCAGGACACAGACGCUGCGCAGAGAAUGGCUCUCGGUGUGGCCGCCAUCAAUCAGGCCAUCAGGGAGGGCAAGGCAGCCCAGACGGAGCGGGUGUUACGGAACCCCACCGUGGCCCUCCGAGGGGUGGUUCCCCACUGUGCUGACAGCUACCAGCGGGUCCUGGAAGAAGCCAUGGCAAAGAAGCAGCACCCAGACACCGCGCUCUGGGUCCGACACGACAUGAAGGACGGCUCAGCCUACUACCUGCACCUGCAGACCUUCCAGGGGACCUGGGAGCGGCCCGCUGGCUGCCGCCUGAAUAAGUCCCACCUGACUCGGGAGGAGAUCCAGUCGGCCGUCACCAGGGUCACCGCCGCCCACGACCGCCAACAGCUCUGGAAGGCCAACAUCAGCCUUGUCAUCCAGCUCCAGGCCCGCCUGCGCGGCUUCCUGGUCCGGCAGGCGUUUGCAGAACGCUCCCACUUCCUGAGGACCUGGCUGCCCGCGGUCAUCAAGAUCCAGGCUCACUGGCGGGGUUACAGGCGGCGGAAGGCGUACCGGGAGCGGCUGCGGUAUUUCAGAGCAAACUCGGAUGCUGUGAUCAAGAUCCAGGCCUGGGCCCGGAUGUGGGCAGCUCGGAGGCGAUACCGGAGGCGUCUGGGAUACUUCCAGAAGAAUGUUAAGUCCAUUGUGAAGAUCCAGGCAUUUUUCCGCGCCCAGAAGGCCCGGGAUGACUACAGGAUGUUAGUCCACGCACCCCAUCCCCCUCUCCGCGUGGUAUGCAGAUUUGCCCACCUCUUGAAUCAAAGCCAGGAGGACUUCCUGGCUGAGGCCGAGCUGCUGAAGCUCCAGGAGGAGGUGGUCCGGAAGAUCCGGUCCAAUCAGCAGCUGCAGCAGGACCUCAACCUCAUGGACAUCAAGAUCGGCCUGCUGGUAAAGAACCGGAUCACCCUGCAGGUGAGCGGCCAGCCCCUCCCGCGUCCAGCCGCUCCCGGGGACUCGCUCCAGCAGUCCCUGCCCUUCCGGUGA